ACAUAAAUCUUCUUUGACCAUCCCUUCACCUUCACUUUCAUCAUUUCUCGGGAGAUAAAAAGAAAAUUUAAGAAAGAGAUCAGAGAGAAAGAGAGACAAUACUUUUAUCAUUACCUAACACACACAAAAAAAAAAGUCUCUGUGUUUGGGCGAGAUGGGAAACUGCGCCAUCAAGCCAAAGGUUCUAAAAGAUUCCGACGAGGAUCUUAUUCCGGUUGAGCGAGACACGACGGUUCAUAACAAGGAUUCGGGUGAAAAGAGCAAGAACAAUGCUCCUAACGCGGCGGAUGAAGAAGCGGCUGCGGCACGGCGGAGCGAGAAAGGAAAAGAGAUUUUGAUUGAAGAUGAUGCGGAGGAUGGAAACAGCAAACGCCAGUCUCUCAGUCUCUUGUUUCAUGAGGACAAGGCAAUAGUUAAAGAACUAACGGGUCAUUCUCCGGCAAAACCAGUGAUUAACAACAACAAAAGUAAUGUUUCUUCAGAGGUUUCAAAGCUUGAUGAUGUUUCUGCUCCGGUGACUUCUAAUGUAAAAGCUCCAGAAACAUUUGACGUUCAAACUCGAGAUGACCUUCAUGUCAAGAUUCCAAAUGAAUCAAAGGUCAAGACUCCUGAGACGCCUAAAGCUAAAGAAGCUGAAGAAAAAGAAGUUAAUUAUUCAGAGAACUGGGAAGUUAAGUUUCCAGAGGAAUCAGAAGCUACGAACAAAUCUGAAGCUGUCAAGGUUGUAGAAGAGUCGAAACCUCUACAAGUUUCUGCUCCUAUAUUAUCUGAAGUGAAGGUUGCAAAAGAGAGAGAUGUUCCGGAGGUCUUGGAGGAUAAGAGUGUUUCAAAAGUUAGUGAGGUUCAUGCUCCUACUGAAUUGUCUGAAGUGAAGGUUACUAAAGAGCCAGAGGUUCAUGAGGUCUUGGAGGAUAAGAAUGUUUCAAAAGCUUAUGAAGUUGAUGCUCCUCCUAAAUUGUCUGAAGUGAAGGGUACAAAAGAGUCAGAUGUUCCUAAGGUUUUAGAGGAUAACAAUGUUUCAAAAGAUUCUGAGGUUCCUACUCCUCCUGAACUAUCUGAAAUAAAGGUUACAAAAGAGUCAGAUGUUCAUGAGGUCUCGGAGGAUAAGAAUGUUCCAGAGGUUUCUAAGGGCAAGACUGAUGUAGUUAAAGCCGCAGAGUCAGAACUUCUAAAAGUGGCAGAGGUUCAAUCAUCUAAAGAUUUGGAGAUUAAAGUUCCAAAAGUUUCUGAAGUGAAGAGUACUCCUGAAACAUCAAACGUUAAGGCUGGAUCAGAAGUGAAGACUCCUGAAAAAUGGAACGUUAAGGUUGGAUUUGAAGUCAAGACUGAUCAAGAAGCAUCUAAAGUAAAGACUACAAAAGAAAAAGAGUUUCUAGACGCACAAGAGAAGAUUGAUAGAUCUGAAGCUAGGAUUCUUGAGGACAUUAAACUCUCGGAAGAGAAUAUGGCAGUGACGGGUAAAGCAGAGGAAGGAAAAAAAGGUUUGUCUUUUGAGAAGAAAGUCAAAGGGGUUACAAUGUCUGACUUAGAUAACAAAUGAGUUAUAGAAGAGUCAGAGAAAUUACGUAAUAUGUUUUUAUUUUUAAAUAUGGG